CCAACGCGAUGGUCAGAGUUCUUCACGAAAACCCUAGAAGAAAAAUACGGUGCUCAACGGGUCCUUAGAGCUAGCAGAACCCACUGGGCUACUCUUGCACGCCACAGGGAGAAAUGGAAGAUUUACUGGCAUCCAAUCGAGUCACUCGACGAUCGACCGGACUACAGGGUUUCCAGACCUCGUUGCCAAAGUUGGUUGGAGAUCCGUGGAAAGGAGCAUAUUCAAAGCAUGGAUUUUGGUAUAGAUUUCAUGAAGGAAACAAAAUUGGUGGCUUUAUCAUUUGAGCAAGACAAGUACAUGAUGAACUACGAUUACCUGAAAGUCUGGGAAAAAUCGUAUGGUGAAGGAAACGUUCGAAUAUUGAUUGCGAAAAACUUGAAAAAUGACGUGAUGGGCGGAGUGUUGGCUAUUAAAAAAAAGGAAUACACCCAAAUUGGCACAUACUUUGUCAAGGAAGAAUACCGUCACUCUGGAAUCGGAUCGAAGUUGUUUAGAGAAAUUUCAAAAGGCGUUAUCGCAACUUUUCAAGCAAUGCAUCACCUUCUUCCAACAAUUCCAAACUUUGGACUUACGGCACGAUAUGGCCGUUGUUUUAAUCAUGUGAAACUCGACUGUGCCAGUGGUUUUCCGGAUCUGAAGGAAAGCUUAGAAGACUAUAGAGCCAUUCUUGGCGAAGACCUCAGUGAAUCAGAAUGGGCCGCUGUCAUGACUUUUGAUGCGAACGUCAGUGGUGAAGAGCGGCCCAUUCGUGACAUGCUGAAUCUCGAGGAGUCGAAGACGGCUGCUGUCUUUGAUAGAAAGAAUCCGGAAGAGGAUUUCGACUUCGAUCCGGAUUGCUUUGCUAUCUAUCGACGAAGCGUUGAGUUUCUUCUACCGGCUGAGGAAAAAAUGAUGGUUGUGGUCAAGAAACUUCAGGGAGCCGAUGGAAAAUUAACAAGAGAACGAAUGUGGUAUCAGGACGAUGUCAUCAUGUCGAAAACAAUAUUGAUAACGAAUUUGUGUUAG